AUGAAUGCGUCAGACGAACAAUUAAAAAAUGACCUUGGGCUAAUCAAACUUGGCGACCGAUUAUCCUUGCGGUCAUUCUGUGAAAAUCAACAUGGAAAGACAGGGGCGUGUUCUAAGGCAGAAAUCGAUUCGAGGAAAAAACGAUUAUUAGAAGAGCUUGCAAAGAAACGCAAUAAAAAGCAACAUACUGCACAGUCAGCCCAAAAGGGAAAAACUGUCGUAACAAAAAGCACACGAAAAGUCGAACUUGCCUGGCUCCAUUGUCCUAAGGGAAGUGAAAGUUUCAAAUUGGUUAAGAUGAAAGAAGGGGGUGGAAUACGUCUUGUAGACAUCCUAAAAUCGGCAAACAAAACCGAAAUCAUCAAAAUUGCUAGGGAACUGUUCUUCUCUGAUGGAAAAUGGUUGUACAUUGACUAUUUUAAGCUGUCAAAGGUGAGGCUGUAUCUGUCAACGAUGAUAAAUGAAGAACACGAUGAUGACAUUGACAGUGACAAUAAUUCUGAAAUUUCUGACAGUGUUCUGGAACAUUCAGUCCUGGAUGACGAACCAGUUCCAGUUGUUUCAGAUGAACAGGAGAAUGCAGCGCCACAUUUGCUUAACACGGAUGACAGUUUGAUUGGUACAUCAAAAGAACGGGAACAACUAAAAAACCUUAUUGAUAAAGCAUAUGAAGAGUCUUUGUUGGCUGAUCAAAACAAAUCACUCCAAACAUUGAGAAAAGGUAUCCCACGCCCAGUUGAUAUUCACCAGACGGACGAUUCUCUGGAUGAAUUAAGAGAGGUCCGAACAGGACGAUUGUCUGAGGAACCAGAUGUUUCUGACCCUCAUUAUAUUGUAUCAGUAAGACAUCUAUCACUUGGAGUAGUAACACGUUUGUUCUCGCUCACAGAUAUGAUGUUUUCUGUAUAUGACUGGAUAGGGUCGUUACAUAAGUCACCAAAGUAUUUUCAGUUAUGUAACUAUUCAGGAGGUUGUUUGUCUCCACAAGAAAGUGUCAAAAUUGCUGACAGAUGUAUGUUAGUGAUGGUCGAGAGUGAGUACCCUGUGCCCUUUUCUCCAGAUGAAGAGUUAAUUCCUAAAGGUUUCGGACCACUCAGCAGCAGUCCCCCUGGUAACGCCAUUGUGAUAGAUCCCAUCCCAGAAAAAUGCCCAACAACCAUAAUGGUGGAUGAUGAAAGUGACAUCGAGGGCCAUUGCGACAACUCAAUGUAA